AUGUCGGUUUUAGUUUUGUUUGUGAUCGCGACCGUCGUGGGCCGCCGAUCCGUACAUUAUAAACAAAUCACAGAACGAACGAAAACCGUCUCGGGGGCGAUAUUUGCGACCGCCGUGACGAACGGCUACGACGUCGCCGACGCCACUUUGGGAAACGGACACCGCGCGCCGGCACCGGCCGACGGAUUUCGAAGUCGGCGGACGGACGGCGACUUUGUUCCGCCGGACAGGGCGAGGGAUUCCGCGGAACCUCACCCGCCGACCGGCACCGCGAAUAUCAGCGCGCGCCGCAGUCGGUCGGCCGCGACGUUGUUGUAA